UUUCUUCGUUUCCAUCGAUCCUUCAAUCAUUCACUCAUUCAUUCGAUUCAUUUCAUCCAUUUCGAAUCACCUUCUUACGCUUCCUUCUCUUUCUUCUCUACGCCUACCUCCGGAAGCCGGUCUCGUCUCCCCACCUCUCUUUCGCAUUCGAAUUUCCUCAAAUGGAUUCCGAUUUCUGGACCUCUCGCCUCGCCGCCGCCAAACGCCACUAUAUGUGGCAGCAUCACCAUCCCAACUCCAAUUUAGAUCUAUUGGGAAUCGAUGAUUUGGAGAUGGAUGAUGACGCCCGCCCCCAUUUUCCCUGCCCUUUUUGCUAUGAGAAUUUUGAUGUUAUGUCCCUUUGUUCGCAUCUGGAAGACGAGCACUCUUGCGAGACAAGAGUCACGGUUUGUCCUAUAUGCUCAGUUAAAGUCAUGGGGGACAUGUUAAGUCAUAUAACGUUGCACCAUGGACACUUAUAUAAGCUUCAGAGACGUCGCAGGUUGCGUAAAAUUGCCAUCCCCAACAGUCAGGCGUUGUCCCUCUUGAGCCGGGAUCUUCGUGAGGCUCAUCUGCAGAUGCUUUUAGGGAGCAGUGGGUACCGUACAGGCACCACUAAUGCGCCUAGUGCAACUCAUGAUCCGUUUCUAUCAUCACUUAUUUUAAAUUAUCCUGCUUCUGAAGUUGAGGAUAUCUCAAAAUCCAUGCUAACCAGUGCCGAAGAGACGUCUUCAGAGAAUGUGGCACCUUUGCCUAUUUGGAAAUCAAGUUUUGAUCCUUCUUUGAGCCAGGAAGAGCGGGAAGAAAGGAUGAGACAAGCUAUUGGGAGAGCAGGCUUUAUGCGAGAUAUGCUUUUCUCGACCCUCUUAGAUGACUAAUGAAAGCAGUAAGUUGCUACAAAAAUGAUGCAAAAUUGAACUAAUAAAUAGAUGUUGAAUUAAUUACUUAUGGGUUUGGUUCUUAUCGCUUUAAUUAUUUGUUAUCGACCCAAUAUCAUCAUACUCUUUUGAUGAUAACAUCCUUCAUUACAAAGCUCUGUGUUGUUUAUUGAUAUUUUAAUUGCACUAUAUUGUGAUUAUGUUGCAAGAAGAAUUUGAAUGUAAAAAUUUCAGAAUAGUGAACGAGAAAAGGGGAGCCUUAUGCUCAUUGGCGCUCGAGGGUCGGCCGGCCAGGACCAGGAGCCACACAAAUACACCAUACAAGGAGAAAUUCGAGAGAAACUUCGAUGGUCAACACAGUGUAAGAAUCUCCGAUUGAAUGGCAACUAUUGGGACUGGGACUGGGGCUUUCACUUCCAAGGAAAUUAUCAAUGCUUUCUUUUCAAACCUUCUAUUUUCAUUAUGACACAACAACUAGGUUGAACUAUCAUUUUGAAAUUGAUACGAUGCAAUUUUAUUAUAGCGUGAUAUUGAAUUGGACUUUGGUGUUAUAAUUGAGAUCAAAGAUAUAAUAAUACCAAUGAUCAUGGAAGGGAGCAUUGCCUA